UCACGCCUUCGUUUGACGCCCGGACAUUGCUAAUUAUUGUACUGGUCCAGAAUGGCCAUUUAGGUUAAACUUUAUAAAAGAACAUUUGUCGGCGAACAGCGCCGUCAAUGAGCGAUAGUCGGUUGACAGGUGAAAAUCGAAAUGAAGCUCAUCCUGGCUAGUCUCUUGGUAGCGGCAAGUGCCGUGAGUGGUGUGUAUCAUCCGUACUAUCAUGGCUACAAUCCUCACGUUGCCUUGCAGGCACUUGGACUUUACAGUCACCAUUUUUUGGCUCCCGUUGCGGCCCCCGUUGCGGCUGUACCGUUCUCCGGUACCUACGCGUAUCACGACGGUCACCGGCCUACGGUAGUGCAAACCAACUCCGGUACCGGAAUUCAUUCUGUGCCACACACAAUCAAUAAUCUGUACGCCUGGAAUCCCUGGAGUACUUGGCAACCUACUGCAGUGCAUUACGCCCCGCCAGCGCCGGUCGUGAAACCACUGAAAACAAUUGUCCAGGCCAACCUCGGUGGAGGGGAUCCAUGGAACUAUGGAGCCUUCUAUGGGACAGGAAUAUACGGUUUCGGAUAUAAUAAUUAUAUCCCGGUGCGAUUGGCGAAGUGAUUGACUUCUGAAUGAUUGCAAUAUAUUAGAAUCAGUGAAUGAAAUAAACGAGCCUUUUACCGAUUUUUAAAA